AUGCCGCGUCGCGUCGACCCGCUCGCGCCGCGCAUCAUGGCCAACCCGCUCCUCACGCCGUUCACUCUCCCGGACGGCACGGAGCUCUCGAUGCGCAUCGUCUACGCGCCGCUCACGCGCGACCGCGCCCUCGGGACCAUCCCGCAGCCGAACGCCGCGAUUUACUAUGGGCAGCGCGCGCACAAGGGCGGGCUCAUGCUCACCGAAGCCACGUGUAUCUCACCCGAGGCGCACGGGUACCCCGACACCCCGGGAAUCUACACGGAGGCGCAGAUCGCGGCGUGGAAGCCGGUGAUCAAGGCGGUGCACGACAAGGGCGCGCGGUUCUACUGCCAGCUGUGGCACGUCGGCCGCGCGUCGCACCAAGGUGAAUCCCGCUUGUGCUAA